AUUGGCUUCAAUUUUUAAAUUUUUGCUUUUUGAAUGAAGAUCAUCACGAAUAAUACUAUACCAGAAUUCAAAGUAACGGACACAAAGAAACAAGUCUCUAAAGAAGUUUCUGACAACUCGAACAAGUAUACUGCCCGAUAUAGGAAACUUGACUCGUUUCCUUUAAAGAAAUAUCACCAAAAUUUGUUUAAAUGUCAAGAGUCAUCAUCUAGUGAGUUUUCUCAACAGUUACGAAGUAGAAGAAGCAAGAGACUGAGUGAAACAACAACUUCUAAGAAUGAGUCCAUCUUGCAACUGAAUGGUUACCUAAGGAGUGCAAGCAGCUGCUGUGUUAUACAAAUGUUUGGUUUCUUUGUUAAACGGUUUAAGAAAAGCAAAAAUACCCUUGAGAAAGGUCUUGGUAGAAAUAGUCAAACUGCUCAACAAAAUGGCAAAAAGCCGCAGAUGGAAGACAGUAAUAUUGUGCCUUGUAACAUUAGCUGCAACUUGCAUGAAAUUUUCCCUUUUUUUGAUGAAGCUGCUGAUGCUAACAGAGAUACAUUUUCUCUCCUUUCUGUCUAGAUUUUUAUAUCUACAACUUCAGAAGCACUAUCCGUCUUAUGUCGA